CUUUAUGGAGCAUUUGUACAGAACGGAAAAAUAUUGACUCUUGUUACCUUUUUUAUAAAUGUUGCAGGGAAUUUAUCAUGGCCUCCCAAUAUCCUCCAAACCUCCGUUUUGGUCUGUCGGGACUCGUGUACUUUUUGGAAGUUGUUUUCCUCUUUUUAUUUUACUUCUUUGUUUCUUAUGACCAUCAACAUUCUCAAAGGGAUGCUACUCUCUACCCAGCGUUUCAAGACGUUAACGUCAUGGUGAUCUUUGGCUUCGGCUUCCUCCUGGCCUUCCUGAAGAACUAUGGCUUCAGCAGCACUGCGUUUGGACUUCUUCUUGCUGCCUUAGGCACACAGUGGGCCGUGAUCAUGGAUGGAUUCCUCUUCCACUUCUCGGAUGGGACAGUGCGGAUGAACCUCCAAAGCAUCAUAGAAGCUGUUAUGAGUGUCACCACAGUGUUAAUCUCCUCUGGAGCUGUUCUUGGCAAAGUCAACCUGAUGCAGCUGGUCUUCAUGGCUAUGGUGGAAGUGACGGCUUUCAUCGUGAACAGAUGGCUAGCUGAGCAUUUUCUGCAGAUUAAAAGCCAUGUAACCCUGAUGCAUGUCCCUUUAUUUGGGGCCUACUUUGGCUUGAUGGUCUCCUGGAUACUCUACCAUUCCUCGCUGAACAGAACAGUUGAGAAGGAAAGCUCAAGGCCUGUCUCCAAUCUGUUUGCAAUGCUGGGUACUUUAUUCCUUUGGAUGUUCUGGCCCAGCUUCAAUUCUGUGCUGAUAGAAGACAGAUCAGGGAAGCUGAAUGCGGUCUGCAACACUUACUUUGCCAUUGCUGCAAGUUCUGUUGCUGCCUUUUCAAUCUCAGUGGCUACCAGCAAAAAUGGAAAGCUCAGCAUGGCCCACAUCCAGAAGGCAACCCUGGCAGGCGGGGUGGCUGUUGGUUUUUCAGCUUCCACCAUCCAGCAGCCUUGGAUUGCAUUGCUUUUGGGAUUGGUGGCUGGUGUGGUUUCUGUACUUGGCUCUGCCUUUUUACAGAAAUACAUGAAUACAGCAGUCAAGAUACAUGAUACCUCUGGAAUUCAUUCUACCUUUGGCUUGUGCAGUGUAUUUGGAGGGAUUGUCCACGUCAUUCUUACCCUGAUAGAAAACCAUGAAAACCUAUCCGAACUAGGCUACUUGGCCUUAAUUGAAGUUGGUGCUCUCAGCCUGAGCUUGGCCAUUGGUCUGGCAAGUGGUGUUCUGACAGGUUUCAUCUUGAAAUGCAAAUUAUGGAAAGCCCCUCCUGUAAGAAAAUACUUUGAUGAUCAAGCUUAUUGGGAGUUCCCCCAUGCAGCUGUUGGAUACUGAAUACAGCCAUCAAAACUGCAGGAAGUGAGUGUUUACUCCACAAGAAUAUGUUAAAAUGACACUUGCUUUAUUAAAACUGCCAGAGGUGGUAUAUUUACCUUUUUGUAUGGAAUAUUUGUAAGGCUAGAUGAAUGAUAUCUAUACUAUUAUUUAAAGAAAGCUGCCCUCCAUCUUCUCUUCUCCAAUGUGUGCACUGAUCCAAGUCACAUGUGAAGAUCAACAAUGGGCUAUUCAUGGUUGGUUGAAACUAUGUGGGCUGCCUCCCAUCCAUUCACAAAACUCCAAAAUGCAGUGUCCCUGGGUUGUUUUCUGUGAUGUGCAAACCUGCAACCAGGGUUGUUGGAGUAACAACCCAGUUUAAGUCAAACCAUGGUUCUUGGAUUGUUUUGUUCACUGAAAACAAAGUGGAAGCAGUGAGAGGCUGCACACUCCUACCUGUGCAGCCUCAAAAGCUGAUGAGCUAAGUAAAACAGAGAUGGUGGUUAUGUGCCAACUGGGUAGCUGUUUACCAUUAAGAUACUUAGGAUUUUAAUGGCAGUGAGGAAAAGAGGAAGAAUGUAAUGUUAGAUCUAAGUACUAACUCUGGCUCUCCACACUCUGUGCUCAUGGAUUGGUUUUCACAUAUUCUGCUUUCAUUUUCCACUCUGGCCUUGAUUGCUCUUCACAUUUACAGUGUAGCCUAAGCUAUUCCCAACACUUCCUGAAGCUGCAUAUUAUGCGGGCAGACUGGUAGUGUGAGCAAGUUCUCUUUGAAUGAGGCUUUGCCAUUACUGACCUUCACAUUCUGAGGAACCCCAAAAGGAAGACUGCUAUCUCAGGCACCCCAGUUGGUGUGCUCCAGACAUGUUGGACUACAGCUCCCAUACCUGCCAGCAUGGUCGUUAGGUAGGGAGGAGCGGAACUGUACUCCAACUCAUUUGCAAAACACCACUUGGAAAGCUCAGCUGUACCACCUUAUUACUGGAUAGUAGGCAUAAUUCCCAGGCAUUUUUCUAUUACAUUUUAAUGCAUAGAAUUAACAUUAUCCAUUAAAAAACUAUCCACACAGAAUGUCAGUCACAUAUUUCCAUAUUCAAAAAUAUCUGUUCUAUUGUGAAGACACAUCACAUAUAAAGAGCUGUAAAACAAAUAGUGUUUAAUAUUCAUUUAUAACAAAAACAUUCAGUAAGAGGACCUCAAAGUUCUCUUCCUUCUCAGUUUUACAUUUUAGUCACAUGCUACAAUAUUUAAUGUCAAAAGCUGAGAGUAGAAAAUAGCCUUAAAUAGAAUGAAAAAUAAUGGAAAUGUCUUUCAUGAUUUUUUUAAAAUGGGAGAGUUUUCUUCGUCACUGAUACUAGAGCACAAGUGUUACAAAAAGAGAGUGGGUAAUUAAAAAAUAGCAGGACAGAUGCUCUAGGUCACUUAUUGCCACAAAUCUUCAGUGCGACCAAACUUAAAGACCAGACCUCUGUUAAUGAAAGAGAGAGACUAGCUUAACUCCACCAAAUAUUAAAGACAUUUACAUCCAAAAGAGUAGAGCAACAUCUUUAUUUUACUGAAAUGCAGGGUAAAAACUUUAAGGUAUAUUCUAUGCAAGUCUAGACAGAAAAAAUGCGUACAAUUCCAAGCAUGCGACCAAUAGCAUACUCUACAAAAGCCUGCAAGUGACUUUUAAUAGCAUUCACAAAUCUGUGUCUUACAAGAAUACUGAUAUUAUUGGGAUAAGUGCAAAUGGGCCCUAUCACCUGCUGUGAAGAAUCAUGUAAUGCAGAGAAAAACUGGUGGAAGCCAUUAAUUUAGACACUGUCUGAAAAUAACCUUUUACACCUUGCUUCCCUUGGAAGAUUGCUACAACCAAGUGUAACUCCAGUGGUAUUCUAAGCCACAAAUUUUACCUUGCAGGAACUUUCCUUCUUUUCGUCCCAACUUGCUCUUUUAGCAUGCUAAACCUGUACUCUUUCCAAGCUCUUUGCAGCAUGUGAUCCAUUCUCUGAGCGUCCCUGAUGCCAAUUUUAUGCAGUUUUAGGCAACAAAUAAUAAUUCUUUUCUCUGGAGCUUUUAAUUAAAAUGUAAACAUGUGAUUUUAGGGCUUUGACUGUCUUUAUUUUAUUAGACUCUGAUAAAACAGCUGCUUUAUCUUGUUUGAUGCUGCUUUUUGCCUUUCUGUUUUUGUAUGGUGACUUACUUUGCAAAUUACAGAAUAAUAACCAACAAUUUAUGUGA